AUGCAGCCGCAACUCUUGUCCCUUUUCAUCGGGCUUGCCCUUGCGGCCCCUCAUCUUGGCCCUAGAGACGAUGGCUGUGGCGCGAUCGUCAGCUCUGCUGUGCCUAUUACCGUCACUGUUGUCUCUCCAGUGCAAACAGUUACCUUCAGCACCUACACCGAGACUCCAAGCUCAGAUGCCCCUCAUACAGCAAUCCCUGCCGGCUCUCCCGGCUCUCCCCCGGCGUCUGCCCCUGGAAUUUCCGAGAUGCCUCAUGAAGCCUCCCCGUGGAGCAAUAAGACCGCCUUGCCCAAAGAAACCUUCACCGUUACUCUCGGGCUUUCUACCCCGAGCGCGAUCCUCCCCACCGCCUCCGCUACGCCUGGAGUCGCACAGUCAAGGAUGGGAGAGCAACCUGCACCUUCGUCGCCGUCGGCAUCAACCAACUCUGGAAGCUUCACUGCCAAUGCUGCCAGCUCUGCCUCUCAGGACUCCGAAACUCACGGCCAUAGUUCAUCGCCUCUGGAGACAGCAUCCACUGAAGUCGGCGGUGUAGCGCCAACCACCAUCACAACCGUGAUUCCAAUCACGCUGACUUCUCAGAGUGGAAGUGCCCCACAGGAGACAGCUAGUCCUUUGUCGACAAUCACUGGAAACGCCUCAGUAAACGCCCCUUCGCAGACGAGUCAGAGUGUGCAAUCCCAGACGCCUGUUCAGGUCUCAGCUUCGACUGGAUCUCAAGCAGCUUCGUCUCUCUCAGUUACCAAGAUAUUCCUGGUCUUCAUUCUCUUGGCAAUAGAAGGAUUCUUCAUCUGCUAG